UCCAACACGGAAGUGGCGCCCUGAGCCGCUACUUCCUCUGGUUCGCUGGUUCUUGGCCUGUCCGCCCAACUGCUGCGGGGCUCGGAAUCCUCCGGUGCAUGGACCGCGCGUGUGAGGAGAAGCCUGCGGAGCAUAAGAGCGAUGACGAGGACUCCGACUCCACGGAAGUCCCGGCCCGGAUCCGGGACACCCCCGAAGACAUCAUUUUGGAAGCGCCGGCCAAUGGGCUGGCGUUCCAUCCGGCCCGCGACCUCUUGGCAGCGGGGGACGUGGACGGGGACGUGUUCGUCACACAAAUCUUUUGAAACAACUGAAAGGAAGACAAAGUGGCUGUACUGUGGUUAUGGAGCCCAGAGACACUUUUCCUACUCUUGCCAAGAGGGAGAAAACAAGGAGCUCUGGUCCUCAGGUCACCACCUCAAGUCCUGCCGAGCCGUGGUCUUCUCUGAAGAUGGGCAGAAACUUGUUACUGUCUCUAAGGACAAAGCCAUCCAUGUUCUAGAUGUGGAGCAGGGCCGACUAGAAAGGCGCAUUUCCAAGGCUCACGGUGCCCCCAUCAACAGUCUGCUGCUGGUGGAUAAGAAUGUUCUGGCCACUGGGGAUGACACAGGUGGCAUCCGGCUCUGGGACCAGCGGAAGGAGGGCCCCUUAAUGGAUAUGCGGCAGCAUGAGGAGUACAUUGCUGACAUGGCUCUGGACCCAGACAAGAAGCUGCUGCUGACAGCCAGUGGGGAUGGCUGUCUUGGUGUCUUCAAUAUUAAGCGACGCCGGUUUGAGCUGCUUUCAGAACCUCAGUCUGGAGACCUGACCUCUGUCACGAUCAUGAAAUGUGGGAGGAAGGUAGCCUGUGGCUCCAGUGAAGGUACCAUCUACCUCUUCAACUGGAAUGGCUUUGGGGCCACAAGUGACCGGUUUGCCCUGAGAGCCGAGUCCAUCGACUGCAUGGUUCCGGUCACCGACAGUCUGCUGUGCACUGGCUCCACCGAUGGAGUCAUCAGGGCUGUGAACAUCCUGCCGAACCGAGUGGUGGGCAGCGUGGGUCAGCAUGCUGGGGAGCCUGUGGAGGAGCUGGCCCUCUCCCACUGCGGCCGCUUCCUGGCCAGCAGUGGCCAUGACCAACGCCUCAAGUUUUGGGACAUGGCCCAGCUGCGAUCUGUGGUGGUGGAUGACUACCGUCGGCGCAAAAAAAAAGGAGGGCCGCUAAAAGCGCUGAGCAGCAAAGCCUGGAGCACCGAUGACUUCUUUGCAGGACUGAGGGAGGAGGAAGAGAAGAGGGAGGACGACAGUGAUUGAGGGGAUAAGCUGAAGACAGGUUCUCACUGGGCAAGCGUUUUGCUGUCUGGGCUGGACCUCCAGAGAGGCUAUGCAUUUAUCAUACCUUAUUAUGCACUGCAGAGAUGGGUGGAAAAAGGCUCAGGGCACCCGUGUGGGGAAGUAGAGCUGCUCACGCUACCAGUGUAAGACAAACCCACAGCUGGGGCAGGACAGCAUGGACACAGGUGUACACCAACCAGGGGUUUAAUAUAAAUACAACCAGCACAGAAAUACUCAACAAUCUACAUACACCAAAACCAGAAUGCCAAGUCGUGGGGGCAAAAGGCAUAUUUUUGACCCUUUGGCUCAGCCAACCCCAAAUAAAAAUCAACAAAGAUAAAUCAAGGAAACAAGCGAAGGUUCAUGCUAAGCUGUAGGAGGAGUGUAUGUGUGUGUGUCACACAGAGAAAGACCAAGAAAACCAUGGGAUCAGGUGAGACCCUGGGCUGGGAGAGGGAGGGCAAGGUCCCUCACCACAACUUAGCGAAACCUGAGCUGCCCCCUGGUGUGCUGGGGCUCUGCUCCAGCUGGGAGGCUCUGUUAGGCAUAGGGCAG